AUGGAGUCGGCCGGGACCGAGCCCGAGAGCUGCCCCCCGGCCCAGGAGCCGCCAGGGUCCCCGGCCCUCCCCGCCGAGGAGCCGGAGCGGAGCGAGGCCGCCCCGGAGCCCCAGCAGGCGGCUGAAGGGGUCCCCUCGCCGGCCCCGGUGGCUCAGGGCAGGAGGCCCAGCGGCCCGGGCUCGAAGGGACAGGCCAAACGGAGCGGGGCGGGGAAGGGGGGCCGGGGCAAGCGGGGCUCGACCCGCCGUGCCGGGGAGGAGGGAGGCCGGCCCGCCCGGCGGGCCCAUGUCACCGUGGACAGCUCCAAGGCCAAGACCUCGCUGGAGGCGCUGAAGAUCAGCUUGCGGCAGCUCCGCUGGAGAGAGUUUCCAUUUGGUCGGCGCUUGCCCUGUGAUAUCUAUUGGCAUGGGGUAUCAUUUCAUGAUAAUGACAUAUUCUCAGGUCAAGUCAACAAGUUUCCAGGCAUGACAGAAAUGGUGCGUAAAAUUACCCUGAGUCGGGCAGUGCGAACAAUGCAGGAUCUAUUUCCCGAAGAGUACAACUUCUAUCCCCAUUCAUGGAUUCUGCCAGAAGAGUUUCCCCUCUUCGUUGCUGAGGUUCGCAUGAUGAAAGAGAGCGAUCCACCCUGGAAGCCCACUUUCAUUGUGAAACCUGAUGGUGGGUGUCAAGGGGAUGGAAUCUACCUCAUUAAAGACCCCAGCGACAUUAGACUAGCAGGAAAUCUACAGAGCCGGCCAGCUGUAGUCCAGGAAUAUAUCAGCAAACCGCUGCUGAUUGACAAACUGAAAUUUGAUAUUCGUCUAUAUGUCUUACUGAAAUCUUUAGAACCAUUAGAGAUUUAUAUAGCCAAAGAUGGACUCUCUAGAUUUUGUACAGAGCCGUAUCAAGAACCCACCCUGAAAAACUUGCACCAGGUAUUUAUGCACUUAACCAACUAUUCACUGAAUAUUCACAGUGGGAACUUCAUCCAUUCUGACAAUGUAAACACCGGCAGCAAAAGGACUUUUUCAAGCGUUCUCUACAGACUGUCUUCCAAAGGGGUUGACAUCAAGAAACUGUGGUCGGAUAUAAUUUCAUUGGUGAUUAAGACUGUUAUUGCACUGACUCCAGAGCUGAAAGUUUAUUACCAAUCUGAUAUACCAGCUGGAAAGCCUGGGCCAACUUGCUUCCAGAUUUUAGGAUUUGACAUUCUCCUAAUGAAAAAUUUGAAGCCUGUGUUACUUGAAGUAAAUGCAAACCCCAGCAUGAGAAUAGAACAUGAGCAAGAGCUUUCUCCAGGAGUGUUUGAAAAUGUCCCAAGCCCCGUUGAUGAAGAAAUAAAAGUAGCUGUCAUCAGAGAUACCCUUCGUCUAAUGGACCCGUACAAAAAGAAGAAAAAAGAUAAUCAAUCUCAACUGUCUGAGAAUGCAUCAGACACAAAAGAUGAACUAUUGGAACCAGGAUCAACAGACCAAUUGGAACAUGAUAUCAGCAAAAAUCCAGAAGCCAGCUUACCCUCCCUUUGUCUCAAGCAAGUGUUUCCAAAAUAUGCCAAACAGUUCAGCUAUCUGCGACUGGUGGACAGAAUGGCUGCAUUGUUUAUCCGAUUCCUUGGAGUAAAAGGGACAAUGAAGUUGGGACCAACAGGUUUCCGAACAUUUAUAAGGAACUGCAAGCUGAGUAACAGCAAUUUUUCAAUGGCUUCCGUGGAUAUUCUGUACAUCGAUAUCACAAGAAGGUGGAAUAGUAUGGGACUAGACCAAAGAGAAUCAGGGAUGUGCUUGCAAGCCUUCAUAGAAGCUUUCUUUUGCCUGGCUCAGAGAAGAUACAAGUCACUCCCACUUCAUGAGCAAGUGGCAUCAUUGAUUGAUUUCUGUGAAUACCAUCUAGCCAUCCUCGAUGAGAAGCGCCUGGUUUGCAGCCGAGGAAUAACGGAACGCCGAGCAGCUCUGGUUACCUGUCAGCCAGAUGGACUCCACCUCACGGCAGCUACUCAUGCGCCUCUCCUGAACCGCAUGACUGCUGCCAAUAAACUUACAGAUUAUAGAAAUCAUCGGUCUUGAUGGGCACUAUCAAGGAAAAAAGACAAUGACAGGGCUGGAAACUGAUCCCUGAACACAUGCUGCAGGAGGCGAAACAUGGGCUCUUGAGUUCUUCCAUCUGACAUUCACCGUAAUGUAUUACAGCUUUCCCUGAUUUAUGCUCUUCAGAAGUGACUGUUGCAAACUUCCCCUUCCACGUAAUGACUCUCAGUGGAAAUGGCUGUUGUUUAUUAUUUCCCCAGUGGACAUACAAAAUAGCUGAAAUGACAAACUGCGUCUUUUAUUCAGAGUUUAUAGAAAAUCAUUUAUGAAGACAAAGGGGCAAAAAUGCAACGUUACAAUAACUGGCAUCAUGCGGUUGAUAUCACUGACUGAGAGGGGCAACCUCAGAGAAGGAAUUUCAGCUCAGUAAUGCCUUGGAGAAGCCAAUUUCUACAACACGAGCAACAUGUUUUUGAGCCGCGCUGUGUGUUCUGGACAUUGUUUUGAAACCAAGUAAGGAGAUGCAAACUGGCAUUUCUAAAUUGUGUGCGUUUUUAAAAACUAAAACUCCAAAUUAUGCAUUUGAUCACAUUUUAGGUUUUGUCUCUCUCUUAUGAGGAUUUAACUGUAUUUUGUUUUGUGUGUAUUGAUACAGAUUUUGUCUGUUGGGUGCCGGCAGCUACAUACUGGAUUUUUAAAAAAAGUUAAUCCUAAAGCGCUGAAAUCAUAACCACUUUUGAGGUCCAGCUCUUUGCACACAGCCUUUGUUACUCCAACUGCCCUUAUAGGUCAAAAGAAAAGAUUAAAAUGGCUAUCAAUCCUACCCACCCGUAUACCCCAAACCAGCUCCAUUAGGUUCUCUAAAUUGAUAGGUGGUACUUCAGCAGGACUGCAUGCAUAUGGAUUGAUGAGCACUGAUCCUGCAAAGAGAACUGCAAAGGCUCACCCCAACAUUGUUCUCUUUUCAGGGUCAGGGCCUGGGAGCCAGAUCUAAAGCCCAGGGAAGUCAGUGGGGCUUAAGUGGCCUCUGGAUCAGGCCUAGGUGAGGUCACAGUUGUCAGGAUCAGAUACUAGUUAUGAUCUUCAUGGCCUUGAAUGGUUGAGGACCCCACCACUCAGAUCUCCAAUUUCCCAUGGUCCCAAAACAAUUAAUAAAAAAUGUGGAUUUUUUCCAAGCAUUUCAUCUUCUGGGACAAGUGUGAGGGCAUUCUUGGCUGAAGGCCUCUGUGAGAACCUGAGUUUGAAUUCAGAGCACAGCACUCUUCACUCCCACUGGGUUGGGAGCUGAGGGCACUUAGCAUCAUGUAGAGUUAGGCCCAUAGGGCCUGAAAGCAAAGCCUGUUGAAGUCAAUGGAAGACUCCCAUUAGUUUGGAUUAGUCCCUUAGUUAGGCCUUGAUGUUAGUAUUAUGGCAAACCUCUGAAUUCAUUAAGAUCUGGGUCAGGUCCUCAGUGGGUGUAGAUUGGUGUAGCUCCAUCUGACUGAGAGGCUUUCAGGACAUCUGGGCACUGUUACAGCAAUAACAAAGAGCAAUGCUCUGGGGCCAGAUUGCAAAUUAAAAUGAAGGUAAUUCUAUUGUUUGGUCCUUCGGAGAGGAAAACAACUAGAAUUGUUCAUUACGUAUAGUGCUUUAUUUACUUCAUGAGCACUAGCUCUCUGUGCCACUGCAUAUUACCCUGUAACUAUGCUCUGCAGAUAGGAGCAAUUCCAUACUUCGUUUUUUUUAUUUUAAUAAUUAUUUGAACAGCUACUGUACAUAUUUUCUCUGUACUUGUAGCAUGUUCUGGCCAGCAUUCAAUGCUGUAAUUAAUAUUCUGUCACAGUACAGCACCGAACUGUGCAGAGCUAGUUUUUCAAGUGUCUGUUACUGUAACUAAUGGAUUUAACAGUAAAAAGCUAGACUAAUUGCAUAUUGGAUUUUUUUGCUAUCAUUUUUGGACCAGGAAUGGUACCUAGAGCUGUACCUUUUCAUAGGUCCUCAAAUUUCUCUUUAAAAAAUAUAUAGAACAAAGAUGUACAAGAGAAUACAGUAAUCCUUGCUGGAUUAUGUUACUAGAUUUCUUUUUAAACACAAUUCUAUAGUUUACUCCUGUUUCAUAGGAGAGAAGUCAUGGGACCCACUAGUCUGCUCUCCCAUUGACCUUACUGGGGGCUAGUCUCAGCAAGACUGUGACACUUAGAACUUCGGUACUGUUGACAAGGAACCUUCCAUGUAUAAUUGCAGCUAAUGGUAAUGCACUUACCUAAUGGCUGCAGGAAAAAAUCCUUUCUUUUAUUCUUUAGAAUUCAAGAACCAGGGCUAAUUUGAAAGCUGUCCAUGCUGUGACCUAGCUAGCAUAGUUACAGGACAUGAAGAGGAGGAAGUAUGGCCUAGUGUUUAAGGCAUUCUGGGACUUGAAUGGCAUGGGUUCAAUUCCGUACUCUGCCACUGUCUUUCUCAGAGACCCUGGGCAAGUCAGUUUGUCCGUGCCUCAGUUUCCCAUCUGUAAUACAGCAAUAAUAGCACUGUCCUACCUCACAGGGAUAAUGUGAGGAUAAAUACAGUAAAGAUGGUGAGGUGCUCAGAUACUGUGGUGGCGGGUGUUGUACAAGGAUCUAAGAUGGGACAGGAUGGGCCCCGCAAGCAGAUCUGUGAUAAAAAAUUGCCUAUUUUUCAGAAAAUUUCAGCAAAAUGUUAGUAAUUAUCUACUAGCUUUUAUUACAAAAAUUGUUGCUACUUGCAAAAAAGAUUUUGAAUGGUAUGUUUUGAAAUUAAAAUUUCAGCAGUUUUUGCUUUGAAACUUGAUCUUUGAUUAAAUUUCAGAAUUUCAAAUUUUGAAAUUUGAUGUUUCCUCUUUCUAAUAGGAUUGAGGUAACUCAAUAAUCAAGCAAAAAAAGGCAUUUUAAUAGGUGUUUUCAUUAAGCUGGUUAUGAUUUGGUAAAGAAAGAAAACUGCAAAUCUCAGAAUUUCCCAAGUGGUAUUGUAGCUGUGUGGGUCCCAGGUGAUGAGAGACAUGGUAGCUGAGAUAAAUUGCUCCAGUAAAAGAUAUUAACUCACCUACCUCAUCUCUCAAUUGUCAGAGGUAAUCAGGUGAAUUCAUUCUUUCACAUGUAGCAUGCUAGCAAAAAGCUUGGGCAUCAGUUAAGUCCCACUUAAGCCUACAUGGGGUUGCAGUGAGUGUAACUAAAGACAGGAUUUGACCCACUGUCUUUAUUGUGAUAUUUAAUUAAAUUCUGUGUGUAGUCUGCAUAGCCUAUCGUCUCCCAAACACCACAACGAGAACCCUGGGACCCCCAUGCUCUUGUCCCCUUAACAGAGGUGAGAGAAUGAUAAUACUUCAUUGUCAGACUGAUAGUGGUGAUCUUUACACUGAUAUUAGACUACCUCUUGAGGUUUCAGAGUUCUAUUAAACAUCACUAAGGUCACCAUUGUUGGGGUUUUCUCCCAGAUGGAGUUCUGUGGUGCUGAACUCCUACACAAGAUGUUACACAAUGAAAUACCGUAUGUGAUCCUGUACUCCAUCGACACCUCAGGGCACCACAGAGGAAGCCUCCUGUUGGGCAACACAAAUGGAGAGGGGAGAUUGGCUUUUGUAUUGACUGCAGUAGAGAAUAUGUUAGUUCUAGAAUAAGAGAAAGAGGCAGGAAGAUCUGCACACCCUAUUUUAAAGACAAGCAGAAUGUCUUGGGAAAAUUGUAUAACAAUAUUUGCUUAUGGACCAGAUGAUUUGGGACAGUUUCUCACUCUCUAGGUUUUUAUAUCACAUCUUUCACCGUGGUACCUGAGGGCUUCCCAAAAUAAUAUAUCCCCUUUUCCUAAAUAUUUCAGAUUUUGCCUUCAUGCAAUGGGCUGUAACUACAUCAGUGGUGUCAGACUGUUUUUUUUCUGUCUCCCUUUGGACCUACACGUUCUAUAAUAAUAAUAAUAAAUAAUAAUAAUAAUGGAGAUAUCCCAUCUCCUAGAACUGGAAGGGACCUUGAAAGGUCAUCAAGUCCAGCCCCCUGCCUUCACUAGCAGGACCAAGUACUGAUUUUGCCCCAGAUUCCCAAGUGGCCCCCUCAAGGAUUGAACUCACAACCCUGGGUUUAGCAGGCCAAUGCUCAAACCACUGAGCUAUCCCUCCCCCCCAACCUGCUGUCCUUUAGGAUGAUGAAAAGCCCAAAAGAGUACAGUAUAUUUUGAUUUCACAUGCAUUUUAACAGAAAAGUUACUGUUUCCAGUUUUAAGGGCAUGCAGAAAAUCAGAUACAGUAUUGCAGUAACGGGCAUAUUAGAAAGACCAGAGAUUACACAAGAUUUUAUGGCUCCUCUGAAAAUGACCUUUGGGGGUACAUUUCCGCAGCAGUGGAGGAUUUAGCAUCUUGACACCUAUUUUAAUAUAAUGGGCUAAAUGAAUUUACACAAGCAACAUUUAGAAUUUAUGCUCUUGAUUGGAAAACAGCUGCAUGCAGCCUAUAACUGCCUACUAAUGGAGUCCGUAGCGGUACUGCAGAGUGCAGUAAGAAGACAAACGGAGCCAAUUAGAAACAAUAUGAACUGGACCAUGUUAAUGUCAGAUGGCACCGCACUUUUAUCUUCUCACACUUGUCCUCUCCUUUUUUUAAGGGCAAAUCUUUUCUCCUGCAAUGGCCAGACUGCUUGAAAUGUUUUGUGUGUUGUGCAGUGAAGAGUGUAAUUUUAGGCUGAAGCCACCAUCCUCAGCCUUGUUUAAGUUUCAUAAAGAUUAUUGCAGGAUGAAGAUAAAAUGCCAUGCUCCAAGUUUUGGCAUCUGUCAAAACAGAUGAAGCUGAAAGGAUCUUUUUUUCACACUUUCAUUGUAAUAUGUUUGAAGACAUUCACAAGUUGAAAAAUGGUUACUUCUCGUUCUGUGGCAUCUGGCAUUUGUCUUGCGAUUGGCAGUGUGUUACUAGAAAAUAGCGUACAGUUUCUCUCAUCUUGAUUGAUGUGCUAUACAGAUAGUCUUGUAUAAGACUUGGAUUUGAAAUGUUAUGAAUGUGAGUGUACCACUUGAAAGAUCUAGGAAAGGCAAUCUAUGCCCUGAAAUAUCCAUUUUUCUCAUCUCAUAACUGUGCUCCCUGUAUCUAGGUGAGAUACAAAACUGCAGUUUGUAAUAAACUCAGAUGAGGGGUCUCUGUAUGUUGCCACGCUUUAUUGGCUCUGAUGGAUGUAAUAGAGAUUUUCAGAGCUUGUAUCUAUUUCUUGCUUAUGUGAUAUCGCUGAUUUGCCUCCCAUCUUAAAAGACAAAGAAUGCUUUGUAGAAUAGUCAACAUGUUCAGUCACCUAUCACUGGUAACCCAAAGUCCACGUAUUUAUGCAACUGGGAAACUGCAUGACCUGUUAUUCCCUGUAGAGAAUAUAUAGAACAGAGCUGUUCUUUGGGGACUUAAUGGCAAAGUCACAUUCCCGCUCUGCCCCAUCCUCCAGUUCUGGCAAUUUCUUCUGAAUCUUAUUUAGAGUCCAAAGCAAAAUGAAUUUUACAUAACCCUUGGGCUAGUGCAGUCUGCACACAAAAAAUGACCAGAGAGGUUUAAUUCAGGAUAUGAAUGCUGAUGUCCUGAUGUUAAUCAGUAAAUCCUGAUGGCUCAUCCUAGGGAGAAAACCAGUAAGCGACUGGUACUUGGAUGUAUUUUAUUAGACUGGUUACCACUGAAAUCUUUCCACUCAUUCAUGGAAACAUCAUAUGGAAAAAUCAAGCCCGUGUUCAUCACUGUCUGACCUUGUUCCAUGUUUCAUCACUAGCAAUUGUUAUGUCUGUUGGACAGUGACCAUUCAGCCUCCAGGUAUAUCUGUCGUCUGUUUUCUUUUCCACCACAUGUUCUCUCUUUGUUCUGCCUAAUUCCAUGGCUCUAUUUUCCAGCUUGCCCACGCACACAGCAAAUUGAUGCUUUUAUUAGCGAUUUCUGUUAAUUUGGCACCAUGUUGAAUCUAUUAGUGUCAUUUCUUAUGUUGCUAUGGAGUUUCUACUAGAAUGUGACUGUCUCCUCAGUUGAUUAUAAAGAUGAAAACUUCCUGCUCCAUCUUCUUGGUAGCAGGGUUAUAGCAAGGUCCCAGAGGGCCCGGCUGCAAGAAUAUGUUAGGGUCCCUCUUCCCGAUUCCAAAAUCCACCCCCUCCAGCCCAGCCACAGCUCCAAUUCAGCCCCUGCUUAGCUUCCCUCACAGCCCUCCUUCAGAUACCCCAUAACCCUGCAGUUCUGAGCCCCACCAGCUCUCUCUCAACCCCCCUCCAGCCUCCAUCAGUCCAGCUCCCAACUCCCCCAGCCCUGAUCCAAUCACUCCUCCUGCCCCCUACUUCCCCGAUCCACCUCUCACCCUCAUUUCAGGCCCCCACAAGUCUUCCCCCAGGUCCUCCCUUUAUCUGCUCCAGCUCCACUCCAGCCCCCUACUCCACCCAUCCCCCCAGCUCUGAUCCAGAACCCCCCAAGCGCCACUCCAACUCCCUUCCCCCAUCCUCCACAGCUCCAGUCCAGCCUCCCACCUCAGCCAGUUCCGCCUCAAAAUGGCCAAUGCUUUUACCUGGGGCUCCAUGUCUAGAAGUGAGGGGCACAUCUCCCAUAUCUGCCCCUUCUCCCCCUCACGCCUUUUCUGUGCAUCUUUGCCGACUGCUCACGCUUGAGGUUGCCCUAGCUGGAGGGGCCCCCAAUCCCAGCUGCCUCCCUGUCCCGGGACCCGCUCUCCUCCGGCGGCCCCUUUCCACUGUGGUGUGGCGCGGCUGAACUUCUGCCAGUGGCAUGAAUAGGGAUACAUGUAUGCAGCUAGAUCUGAGCGCCCCCGGCACCUUGUGGGCCCUGGUGCAGCUGAACCAUUUGCACCGAUGUAGCUACAUCCCAGCGUGGUAAGCUGUCAUCCAUCCCAUCGCACUGCACAGCUGUUGAUUAGAUGAUUGAGCUUUGCUGUGGCUUUAUUCAGUUAGCGCAAGCCCUUCAAGCCGAGAGCUGGACUCCUCUGCUACCUUUCUGCUCAUAAACACAAAACCCGAUCAGUUGUCCAGAGCAGAUGAGCUCAUGGAGCGUCUCUGUCUUUUCCUGUCUUUAGACUAUAGUGCUGUGCUUUCCAGGGGGUGGGCUUUCUUAGAGCUUCAUUGCACAGGAGUGCAGACGUCCUCAUUAAAUCCAAUCCUGCCUUAAUGGAGAGAGAGCAACCUCCCAGUCGACCCAAAUGAUGCCAAGUUGUAACUGUCCUUGGUGCCGCCACUGACCGGAGCUGUAUGAUUUGCAGGCUCUUGUUCUCACACCACAUGCAUUUUUUCCACCCAGUGAGAAUGGCUUUGGUUUUUUAACCUUUGAAAGUGGAUAUCUUCAUGGUUAUAACUAACAUAAGGGAUAAAAUAAAUCAAAUCUAAUCUAAUCUUUUCAGCUAAUGUCUUGAAUCAAAUUUACAGAAGGGACCUCUCAGUAAAUGGCACCACACAAUUUCUUUUAAAUCUACAGAGCUACAGUUGAAAGGUAGAGUAGAUGCAUUAAAAUGUCAUCUACACUUAACCCUGCAACCAGAUAUGAUGUUAGAUUUCUACCAAAAUCCGAUUGGCUUUCUGUCUAGUCUUGCCUUGAAUAACGCCAGCCUGGGAGAUUCCUUGGCAGGUAGUUUUUUUAAGGAUAAGAUAUUAGCCGAGGCAAUAAACACAGUGCUGCUCUCUAUUCUUUUAAAAGAAUAGUAAUAAUAGUGUAUUUUAGUUAUCAUAAACACACAUCAGAGUGUAUGGCAUUAUAUUCCAGAGCCGAGCCGAAUAUCCUGAUUUAAUACAUAAAGUAAGUGAGCGACUUGGAAACGUCAUAAAAUCCAGAAAUAAUUUGAGUUUAAUUGAAGCAUCUUAGUGUAGAAGUUGUUUUCAAGUUGGCUAAGGAUGUUGUCUCAUGGUUCAUCUCUGUCAGACAGUGCUGCUGUUUCGAAUAACGCCCAGCUUGGUGGGCUUGGAGUGCUGUUGUUGCUCUGACAACUUGUGCUGUUUGGAAGCUGUAAAGUUCUUGACUACAAACACCCGUACUGAAAGCCAGGCGUUCUCCUUCGAGCAGACGCAGCUGUGUCUCCCAGUUAGGUGUGUACGCAUCACGCGCACUGGAGCCGGAGAAUUUUGCCUAGAAGUGCUCACAGAGGUAAAGAGCUGCUCCAGGCCAUACUCCCUCCCCUGGCUGUAUGAGGCAGCGCCACCCCACCCCCCUCCCUUCCUCCGCACUGAAUGCCCACAAGAUGAGACUGUGGUGCAGAGGGGACGAAGGCUGGGUACAGGGCCGGCUCUAGGCACCAGCAAACCAAGCACGUGCUUGGGGCGGCACAUUUUCAAGGGCGGCAUUCAGGCCGUCUUUUUUUGCUUUGGGCGGCAAAAGCCUAGAGCUGGCCCUGGGUGGGUAAUGGAAUAUACGUUUGCAUCACAGCUCGAAGAACCACAGUUACAAUAAGUAACCAUUUCUCCUGAGUAUUGUGGUGAAAGUUCUGGAGCCCUCUUCUCCCUGGCCUUUAAAGGCUGCUUGGCAAUGGCUGUGCUUUCCGUGCUGGCCCCUAAAGGGUGUGGUACUGCUGGUAUACAGGCUGUCUAUAGCUAUAAAGCAAAAUCUCAUCUUUAACUCUCAGUGUGAAACUACCUUUGAUUUCGCUGAGCGCAUCUGAGGGCAGAGUUGAGCCGAGGGAGCUGAUUAUCUUGUUGCUUUGAAAACAAAUUGGAAAUGGUACUGAUGCAAUUCUGUCUUUCAUUUAUGUUUCUAACACUGAGAACCACUUGAUAGAAAGUGAACACAAAAAGAGGUGUUCUGCUCUGGCCGACAGAGACACCACCAAAUAGUUAUUGCUUAUGGAGCACGACACAUCCAGGACACUUCAUCAAAUGCAUGAGGCCAAGGUACAUGCCCCCCCCCCCCCCCACACACACACACACAGUUUUACAGACUAAUCGCUGACAUAAUUCUAUUGCAAAUACUGUAAUGGAAAUAGAGUCCAGCAAAAUGUUUGGCUUCAUUGAGUCAAUCGGUCCAAAUGCUGCAGCAAUGGGCCUCUAAUAAUGAAUGCAAAUAUUUGUGCCAUCUUAAGGUCAUCAGCAGAGAUUAAAGUAAUUGACAUAUUGGUGUAGCGUGGAGUCGAGAGAACUCAGCACGUGUCUCUGAACACAAUUGUGGGCUGUGGCGUUACAGGUGGCAACAAUAGCCAGAACAUUUGUUGCAGGCUAUGGAAGGAGAGGGGAAUUUCUGAAGAGUGCUGCAGCCCUUGUGCCUCUGUUACCUGUUCAUAGCUUCUCCCCACCAAGUCAAUAGUCCCAGUCUCUGGCGGGCAGGCGGCAGUGUGUCUGUAUGAAGCAGGGGCUGAAAAUCAAAAGGGCACAACCUGGCAAUGAAGUUGUGCUGAGCCUUCUCCUUUAUGGUUCAGGAGGCCAGGCAGGGAACAGAAGAGGGCCAGAACCCUCUUCGCCUUUGCAGUUGUCAUGCUUGGCACUGCCAGUGACACAUACUAAAACGUUUGCAUUUAUUAACCCAAGUGUAAACUGCAGGGACCUGAAUCAGUUCAGAAUGAUCACUUACCAAUUAAAAACUAAAGUGCUAUUUGCUCUCCUCACUUGGUCCUGAAACAGUAAAUGUCACUAUUGUUUGUUCUACUGUAUUUGUAAAAUGCUGCACUUUAUUGCUGUGGAUAGUUUGAGCUAUUUAAGAUAGAGAUUCUGUUAUUGUAUAGAGAGUUAUGUGCUAGAUUUUAUCUUUGAUAUGAAUGAAUCAUUGAAUGUUUAAUGCUUUAAUUUUUCUGAAGUAGGAAAACAGGUUUUUUUUAAAGAUUUGUGUAAUGUACAUAGAUUAUGAAUAAUUGCUAAUAUACAUUUUUGGGUAAUGAUCUAUAUAUUACAUAUUUAGGAGCCAUCAUGUAGAAUGCCUGAUACAAGGUAGCCAGCUAUAAAAGCAGCACGCAUGUCAUCAUGCGCAUAUUUCAGUGUGGAUGGAGGGAGAGGGAGGGUGGGAAAUGACAUGUCAGAGAGAGAUGUGACAUAGGUUUAAGCAGUUAUUUAUUCAAUCUCCUAAUGUGGAGAUUAAAGAUCACCAAAGCCCUUUAAACCACUAAACAAAAUACACCCACAAGAGGAAUCAAUAGCAGAAAAAGUGGAUUUCAGAUUCUUGACUCCAAAGUUAUUUCUGUUUAGUUUCUUCUCCUCAAGGUCCCAUAGCACAGUGAGAAGAAAAGAGGUGAGUACCAUAUAAUCCCAGGCUAUGCUGUCUCCAUUCAGCUGUGUUUCACUUUCACCUCACAAAGGAGUGACAAUUCUUAUGGUGCAUGUACUGUGCUAGAGAACUACAAACCCCAGCAUGCUUUGCAAGCGAGCUACAAUUCCUAUCUUUCCAUGGGAUAAAAUUAGCUAUAUAAGAAACACCUGGGUACUCCCUUCCCCCUGCAUCUCUUGCUGUGUCAGUGGAUUUGCUUCCAAGCUGAACAGAGGCCACAAGCCUUCUACUAGGAUACGUGCCUGUGAGUAGCUGAUCUCUUCCAACUACCCUGCCCAGAGCAAUGGCAUAGGAGCUCCCAAACCAGUAAGUAGCAGCAUAUGCUGUAUUUACAUGUUUGUAUUUGCGUGGGCAUGGCUUUGCUGCUGUCCUACCGUACAGUAUAACUAAGUAACCAUCAUCCAUUGCUACCCUUCUUGGGGGUGAUAGCAUAUUUUAAUAUUGGGGUGCUAGGGCAAACAUGACUGUCAAAAUCAAUAACAAGUUUAACAGGUAAACUAAACAGUAAAAGGAGUUGGAAACAGCCCUUUACACAGGUUAGGGCCACCCAGGAAAACAACACUAGUAGGAAGGCCUUGGGAUUCCCCAGUUCAGACUGGUUCCAUGUCCUCUCAUCCGCAGUAAGAAGGCUGCUUAGUAGCUGUGUUGUCUGCAACCCAGCCACCAUACCCCCCCCCCCCCCCGUGCUUUGUGCAUCCCCUUACCGACCUGUGUGUAGCGCUGGGCUGCUUGUAUGGCAAACACUCACUAAAACCCUUAAAAAUCACUUAAAAACAAUCACUCACUUUUGUUGAUUAUGAGGCAAACAAUCUGUUGAUGCUUUUUUCAAGUAAGGGUGAAUUCUUCAUUUACAAACAUAAUGGCCUUCACACAUGCUUUUAACUUAUACAUUUGCUGAUGUAUAGUCAAGAAAGACAUUUGAUAAGACUGCUGUCCGAGAGUGGGACUCCAGAUCAACUGGUGUUUGAAUAGUGAGGCAGCAUUAGAAAGAAGCCCUUGUUAUGCAAAGAGGACUGUAAUGUUUCUGGGGUUUGAUUCCUUUUAGUUGCUGGGCCAGGGAUUGAAGAAUUUCAGGGUAUUAGUGCACUGCUCAUUGAAGUCAGGUGUUUAUCAGCUGGAAAUUAGCUUGCCUUGAUCAGCUGUGACCAUGUGCUUGGCAGUGAGGAAAGACCCAUCCCAGAACAUUCUCUCCUCUGUUGUGAUGCUGCUGAAUUCAGAGGAGCAGGUGGAUUGAAUGUAAUUUUUGGCUGGGGACUGUGCCAUGAGUGUUCAGAGUAAGGCAAAUCUGGCCUAUUGGCCCCAUUGCCAAGACGGGUCUGGGUGUACAAGCCAAUUAUCAGAAGGUGAAAGCAACCACAUAGACUUCUUGAGUAGAUUUUGAUCAGCAAUAUGGAAGUGAACGAAUGUACCUUCUAAAUGAAUUAAAGUCCUCUUUCAUUAACUGAUGUGUUUAUUCACUGUUGCACCAGUUUUCUUCUUUACAAAACACACUUUGAAACUGUAUAGGAAGGCGUGGGAUUGAAAUUAACUUGAAACAGUGGCAGCGACUUACCAAGCCAUUGUCUGUCCCUAUUUCAGUGGGACUGUGGCCAUUUUCCUCAGCCACUGUCAGCCUCCUCCCAGCCUGAAGCCCUGGGUGCCAGCCUGGUUCUGGCCGUGCAGCAUUUGCUAUCGCUUUGAAUUCCCUGCCUUUUCGGUUGGUUUCAUCUUAAAAAUGUAAACGAGCCAUAAAAGAAGAACCCCUUACUUGUGUAAGGCAGAUUUUUAAGUACCAUUUUAGGAGUUUUUAUAAAACACAGACUGUAACCAGUUGAUCUUAAUGAACUGAUCACUGGGAUACUUAUCCAAGUGCUGUUAAAACACACCACUUAGGGAGCUUUUAAAUGGACCUUAUGAAACCAGUAUAUAGUAGGUACAGCCUGCCAUGUAAAUGUGCACUGAAGAUCCUGUGUAAAAACUCUUAACUUAACCAAUAGACUUUCUUGGUUUCUUUGCAGCCAUCAAAACCUAUUCCAUAAAUAUCUAUGAGAAGUAUUUUAAAAUGCAGCUUAUUUUUAACGCCAAUAGAUGGAACUUUUCGAAAGCUUUUUUAUGGUCUUACCUAGCAAAUCUGUAUUUAGUGACAUCUUUAAAAGUCGAAUUGGAUUCUAUUCCAGCUAGGUUCUUAUACUGCACUCACCACUGUAGUAUCCGACGACCUGACAUGCCCCGGUCACAUAGGAAAUCUGUGGUAGAAUCAGGACUGGAAACCAUUCUGUUAAUGCAAAGAUUUGCCUUAAUUAACAGGGGAAUCCAAAGAGCUAAGUUCUGUCCUGAUAAAUGCGUGCAAUUCCCACUGAUGUCAAGAGGCCAUCAUGAGGUGGAUAUGAUAGAGGUCUAUAAAAUCAUGACUGGUGUGGAAAAAGUAAAUAAGGAAGUUAAUUUACCCCUGCACGUAACACAAGAAGUAGGUUCACCAAAUGAAAUUAAUAAGCGUCAGGUUUAAAACAAACAAAAGGAAGUAUUUCUUCAUGCAACGUACAGUCAGCCUGUGGCACUCAUUGCCAUGAGAUGUUGUGAAGGCCAAGAUUAUAACAGGGUUCAAAAAAGAGCUAGAUAAAUUCAUGGAGGAUAGGUCCAUCAAUGGCUAUUAGCCAGGAUGGGCAGGGAUGGUGUCCCUAGCCUCUGUUUGCCAGAAGCUGGGAAUGGGUGACAGGGGAUGGAUCACUUGAUGAUUACCUGUUCUGUUCAUUCCCUCUGAAGCACCUGGCAUUGGCCACUGUCAGAAGACAGGAUAUAGGGCUAGAUGGAACUUUGGUCUGAUCCAUUAUGGCCGUUCUUAUGGGGUGGAAGCAAUCGCAGAUGUGUGCAGAUAUGGAGAAAAUUCAGCAGCGUGCAGAAAGUCAGCCCAAGAUCUGUGCACCACUUGCAUCCCACUGAGCGUCUGGUGGCUCUGUGUAUGGGGUAGCAGAAUCUGGGCCCAAAAAGGAAUUCUUCAGAACAAUAGCUCUGCUGCACUGCUCUAGGCCUGUGCAAAGCAUGUGUUAGUGCACUCCAAGGGGCUGACUCGUCUAGCGUUGUUGUUAUCAGAAAGAUACAAAUUGUGGAUUUAUCGGUAUCAGAGAGGUCAGUAAUCAUGUCAGAUUAGUAUUUAUUUGCGGGUGGGUUUGGUCAGCUUGUAGUCCUAAACUAACCUUCCUUUUUCCUUGUUCUUUCAUCAGUGGGGAAGGAAUAGACUGUAGUAGCCCUGUUUGGAUUUUGACAUUAUUAAUAGCUGUCUGACAGCUCCAUGAGCAUGCCACUGCGCAGUUCAUUAAUUGGGAACAGAAAGAUGGUUUUGAAGCAAUUGGUACAUCUGUUCUACACUGUUUUUUUGCUCUGAUCUCCAUCAUGUGUAUUAGUUGAUAAAAACCUUGUAAAACAUG